AUGCUCAUAUUAUUACUCUUCGUGAAUGCGGUUAUGAUGGAUGUCGGUGAAGACGCGAAUACUGUCGUAAAUGCAGAGCCCCCCUCUGUAGAAGAGGAAGCUAUUGAUUUUGCUGAACUUGAACGAGAGCUUGCUGCUACUGAGGAAGAUAUUCAAACCCUGAAAGAGGCUCUCAGUAUUAAAAUUAAGCGAUGUGUUGAAAUAAAGAAGAAGCUUGGUCAUACUGAUAUAAGCACGAUUUCAAUGCAAAAAACCCAACGGGCUUUGUUACAAGCCAGGAGCAAAACUAUUGACGUUGCAGAAGAUGUGAAAGUAAAACUUGCAACAUCUAUUGAGACCCUUAAAAACACAGAAACAUUCAAAAACAUAUCUGAGACAAUGGGAUCUGCUUUCGAUUCCUUUAAGGUUUGUUUGGGCCUACUUUUUUUGCUCGUUGUUUUUAAUAAUAUUUCUUGUAUUAUCAACUUGGUCAUGUUUUGUAAAUAA